AAAAUUUAAGUACAUGUUCUAAUUUACACUGACACUCCCUGUCAAUUUUGUUGAUUUUUAUUUAUAUACUUUUAUAUUUAUUAUUAUAUUUUAGAAUACUGGUUUUAUGUAAUAAUGGAGCAAGGGGAUCUCAAAAAACUGUCAGAAGAAUCCACAAUUGCAAAAGUAGGAAAAGAAAAGUUUUCAUCCUUAACUGGAUAUUUCAAUGAGAGCAAUAAAAGGAUUGAUAUAGUUUUAGUCUUUAAGGAUGAUGGUAACGAUGAGACGAAAAGGAUGCGUUUAAAUUUCUUAAUGAAUGCUAUUCAAGUCGGUUUAGAAGCUGAAGUGGAAUCAGGAAAAAUGGCCGAACAUCGAAAUUUAGUUUUCGUUAAACUUCAUGCUCCCGAUGAGAUAAUUGAACAAUACGGAUUGUAUUUUAACGAAAAACGAUAUUUUAAGGAUAGCCAUUUAGAGUUUGUUAAUCCGAUAUUCAACAUUUUUGGAACGAAAAAUGAAAGGGAGCUCCUUAAAAUAGUCAGAACUCAGUAUCCCGGACCAGACAAUUACUCGACUUUGGAACGCAGCACCAUUGUGUAUAAAUUAUUACUUGAGCUGCCAUUCGGUGAUAAUAUGAAUCAUUACGGAAUAAAUAAAUUAAUACAAAAAAACAUAUUUCUGGACGCAUUUGCUCUUCACGAUGGUCCAUAUUUUAUGAAACAAAAAUCUAAGUUGCUCACAACAAAUUUACGACAGAUUUUGUUUUAUAAAUGGUUAGGACUAAUAAAUAUAUGGAAGACGCAACCAAUUCAUAUGGUACACGAGUAUUUUGGAAACAGGGUUGCGCAAUACAUGGCGUUUUAUGAAUAUUUCAACAUAAUGCUUAUAAUUCUUGUCCUAUUUAGUUUUGUGACUACGUUUCGACUGUAUUCAAAUCAAGACACUUUUGAAGCACAUUUUACACCAAAAUUAAUGUGCGAGCUAAAUGUUAAAGCGUAUUUAUGCUCUGAGUGCCGAAACUUUACUCUUUGUCCAAGACUGUACCAACAAGCGUAUUGCCAGAGAUCAAAAUUUAGACAAAUUAUUGACAAGAAAGUGACUCUAGACCAUGGAAAAUAUGUCGUGAUUUGGGGAAUAUUCUUUUUAAUACCUUUGAGGUACAGAGAAAGAUAUCUAUCUUGGAUUUGGGAAGUACCUACGAAACAUAUUAGUAAUCUACUCAGACCUCAACGCUAUGAACUGUCAUCGAUUUUAACAAUUGGAAUAAGAAGUGUUGUCAAUUUAUUAACCGCUGCACUUGCAAUCCUUUGGACGUAUUUCCUGGUUCUGCUUUCGUUAGUUAUGUGGCAUUACCCUCGUUGGAAACGUUUACAAGAGACUGACAAAAGACGCAAACUCUACAAAGACCACGAAUACACGUAUAUGGCUGAGAUGGCUUUCGUACAUGCAAUCCUUACAAUCGUUGUUAAGGAGGUUUUCAUAGUACUAGCACUGUUAAUGACGAACUUCGAAAAUUACAAAACAUUUAUUAAACAUGAGAUAUCAAUAUCAAUAAAAUUGUUUUUCUUUUGUUUUAUGAAUUCUUAUACAGUCUUCGUUAUUUUCUCGUAUUUGGGGGUUUUUUUCUUUAAAAAUUAUUGGGAAAGCUUGAAUGAUUACAUGGGUCCCUUUGGGAGAAUGAACAACAUGUUAUCUUCAACUUUAGAUGAAAUUUGUCUGUCUGUAGUUGUAAUGACAAUUUUAGAGCAUGUCAUAUUUAGGCUUUUUGAUCUAUUUAAAAGUCAUCAAACGGAUUAUUCAUUUUUUUGUAAAAACGCUCCGUGUUGGGAGAGGGAAUACAAACUUAAACCAAUAACAGAAAACUUUUUUCAUAAAGGAUAUCAUAAACUCCUGAUGCAGUUUGCGCUUCUCACUUGUUAUUCGAUGUUAUUUCCUUUGGCGUCGUUAUGUAUACUUAUAAUAAAUCUUUGGGACUUGAGGCAAACUGCCUACGAGCUGUUAUUAACACACCGACGACCUUUACUAAUAAACAAUUCGGGGCCUGGAUUCUGGAAAAUAUUAUUUUUGAUUACUGCUCAUAUCGCUCCGUACUUUAACAUAACAGUUUUACUAUUUCAAUCAUGGCAUUUUCAUAGAACAUACAUAAGAAUCCGUAAAUUCCUAUACAGAUCCGGUAUUUUUGAAAAAGAAUAUCAAGAAAUGGAGAGUUACUUGAGAAAGCCUAAAUGUUGGCAUCCUUAUUUUUGCAAUAAAAAUAUACCAAUACAACAGGAUGAGCUGGGUAUUCGUUACGUAAUAUUGGUAAUGUCAGAAGAAUCCACAAUUGCAAAAGUAGGAAAAGAAAAGUUUUCAUCCUUAACUGGAUAUUUCAAUGAGAGCAAUAAAAGGAUUGAUAUAGUUUUAGUCUUUAAGGAUGAUGGUAACGAUGAGACGAAAAGGAUGCGUUUAAAUUUCUUAAUGAAUGCUAUUCAAGUCGGUUUAGAAGCUGAAGUGGAAUCAGGAAAAAUGGCCGAACAUCGAAAUUUAGUUUUCGUUAAACUUCAUGCUCCCGAUGAGAUAAUUGAACAAUACGGAUUGUAUUUUAACGAAAAACGAUAUUUUAAGGAUAGCCAUUUAGAGUUUGUUAAUCCGAUAUUCAACAUUUUUGGAACGAAAAAUGAAAGGGAGCUCCUUAAAAUAGUCAGAACUCAGUAUCCCGGACCAGACAAUUACUCGACUUUGGAACGCAGCACCAUUGUGUAUAAAUUAUUACUUGAGCUGCCAUUCGGUGAUAAUAUGAAUCAUUACGGAAUAAAUAAAUUAAUACAAAAAAACAUAUUUCUGGACGCAUUUGCUCUUCACGAUGGUCCAUAUUUUAUGAAACAAAAAUCUAAGUUGCUCACAACAAAUUUACGACAGAUUUUGUUUUAUAAAUGGUUAGGACUAAUAAAUAUAUGGAAGACGCAACCAAUUCAUAUGGUACACGAGUAUUUUGGAAACAGGGUUGCGCAAUACAUGGCGUUUUAUGAAUAUUUCAACAUAAUGCUUAUAAUUCUUGUCCUAUUUAGUUUUGUGACUACGUUUCGACUGUAUUCAAAUCAAGACACUUUUGAAGCACAUUUUACACCAAAAUUAACGUGCGAGCUAAAUAUUAGAACGUAUUUAUGCUCUGAGUGCCGAAACUUUACUCUUUGUCCAAGACUGUACCAAAAAGCGUAUUGCCAGAGAUCAAAAUUUAGACAAAUUAUUGACAAGAAAGUGACUCUAGACCAUGGAAAAUAUGUCGUGAUUUGGGGAAUAUUCUUUUUAAUACCUUUGAGGUACAGAGAAAGAUAUCUAUCUUGGAUUUGGGAAGUACCUACGAAACAUAUUAGUAAUCUACUCAGACCUCAACGCUAUGAACUGUCAUCGAUUUUAACAAUUGGAAUAAGAAGUGUUGUCAAUUUAUUAACCGCUGCACUUGCAAUCCUUUGGACGUAUUUCCUGGUUCUGCUUUCGUUAGUUAUGUGGCAUUACCCUCGUUGGAAACGUUUACAAGAGACUAAUAAAAGACGCAAACUCUACAAAGACCACGAAUACACGUAUAUGGCUGAGAUGGCUUUCGUACAUGCAAUCCUUACAAUCGUUGUUAAGGAGGUUUUCAUAGUACUAGCACUGUUAAUGACGAACUUCGAAAAUUACAAAACAUUUAUUAAACAUGAGAUAUCAAUAUCAAUAAAAUUGUUUUUCUUUUGUUUUAUGAAUUCUUAUACAGUCUUCGUUAUUUUCUCGUAUUUGGGGGUUUUUUUCUUUAAAAAUUAUUGGGAAAGCUUGAAUGAUUACAUGGGUCCCUUUGGGAGAAUGAACAACAUGUUAUCUUCAACUUUAGAUGAAAUUUGUCUGUCUGUAGUUGUAAUGACAAUUUUAGAGCAUGUCAUAUUUAGGCUUUUUGAUCUAUUUAAAAGUCAUCAAACGGAUUAUUCAUUUUUUUGUAAAAACGCUCCGUGUUGGAAGAGGGAAUACAAACUUAAACCAAUAACAGAAAACUUUUUUCAUAAAGGAUAUCAUAAACUCCUGAUGCAGUUUGCGCUUCUCACUUGUUAUUCGAUGUUAUUUCCUUUGGCGUCGUUAUGUAUACUUAUAAUAAAUCUUUGGGACUUGAGGCAAACUGCCUACGAGCUGUUAUUAACACACCGACGACCUUUACUAAUAAACAAUUCGGGGCCUGGAUUCUGGAAAAUAUUAUUUUUGAUUACUGCUCAUAUCGCUCCGUACUUUAACAUAACAGUUUUACUAUUUCAAUCAUGGCAUUUUCAUAGAACAUACAUAAGAAUCCGUAAAUUCCUAUACAGAUCCGGUAUUUUUACUUUGCAAAAAACAAUUAAAUUUAGCGUAAAAUUAUUACAAGAAUGCAGAAAUAUUUAAGAAUAUUUCCGGAGCAAACAGGUCUUUAAAUUAUACUAUUGCUCCUGUUUAAAAGAAACUCAAAAACUUAAUAGCUACAAAACUGACAAUAUUAUGUCCCUUAUAUUUUCAAAUAUAAGAGUAGGUAAAGCUUUUGUUAAAAUAUCUGCUAAUUGUUCAGAUUUUCAAACAUAUGUGA